AUUCCCGCCACCGCCGCCGCCGCCGCCAUGGCGCCGCUCGCUCGCUCGCUGCUCGCGCUCGCCGCGCUGCUCGCCGCCGCCGACGCCGUAUGCAUUUCAAACGUUCAUGGAAACGACACAGACCAUGUAGAACUUUUAGGGCCUAUUGAGGUUUCUAGUUUAGAUGCAGAAAAGGGGAAAGUCAUUAACAUUGACGACUUCUGCGGAUUCGGGAAACCAGUAGGCGUGACAAUAAACGCCUGCAACAGCUACACCAGCCGAACCUUCUCAGACGGAGGACCGCCACGUCUCAGCUCGAACAUGACCCGCGCGGACGUGCGUUGCGAGCCCCGCGCUUGUCCUUCCGGAAUUCACGUACAAAUCAUACAGUACUGUGAUUCAGGAAAAUAUGUAACUAGACCAUAAA